GUAACGCUAUAUAAGUGUUCAAUAUUUCAAGAGAUAGCUUGUAAAAGGCUUCUUUUGGCAGUCUAUAUUUGAAAAGGUCUGUAUAGUUUAUUUAGAAUUUGGAGUAUAGUUGUAGAAGAUUACCGUUGUCACGAAAGCCGCAUAUUCUUCUAAUCAAGAAAAUCCAAUUCACAAAGUCCAUUCAACUGGUAAAAAUGGUUAAAUUGUCACUGAUUGCUGUAUGCAAAACUUGUUGUAAAGCGGGCAAGUUACUCCCGUCGCACUGUGUUGUAAAAUAUGUAAAUAAUAUUUUUGUAAAUGGUUGAAAAUCAUCUAAUGUACACGUAAUAUGCUGGCUAUACCCCAGAUUGCGCAUUAUUUCAGCCGGGUCAGCAUUCAGCAGAAUGCGUUUUUUUUUCGGCGUUGUUGAUCUUCCAACAAUACAUGUUGAACAGGCAUUGAUGUGCUUUUGUCCACAUUUCCCAUGUUGGAGCUAUAACAAGUGAUAAAAUAGAUCAUUUCCUGAUCGUGGCGCAUUUUGCAAAACUAUGACUCCUAUGUGUAGUGUAGUGAGUCCACGUUUCUGUUUACUUUAGUCUGAUCAGCACACGAACUUUUGACAAUUGUAACUUUGUUAUUAGUUCAGUGUAGACAGUAUUUUCUUUAUAUUUAUGCGGAGUGUGGCUGUACACACAUUUUUUUUCCAUUGUUUGUAGACUAACUAAUGUAGUAGUCCUAUACUGGGUGGUUCCUGUCCAUGCGAUAAAGAGGAGAGGUCGAAGAUUUGAUUAGAUGAAAAAACACCAUGUUUUACGUUUUUCAGUAAUAUUUUCAACCGGAAAAGGAAUCACACCGGAAAUAUUUCAAUUUACACAAAUAUUUAUAGAAUAAUUAGGAGUCAGCAGAAUCUUUUAUUGCACUCACGUAUAUUUAUAUAAGGAAGGAUUUUGUCAUUUUAAACCGCCUGCCCACUCAUAAAUGUUCAACAGUUUUACAUGUAUCGAAUAAAGAAACAAAAUCAACCGAAGAAUAAAUGGAUCACAUAACACCCAGAACCACAUAGGGUGCUCUGUAUACCGAGUAUAGUGUGGAAACUUUUCGGUGUGAAGAAACACCAAUGAAACUUUACAGAAGCUCGAGGAACCUAUGUGUAAUUGAAUAUUAAUCAAAGACCAUAUUAUACCUCUGCCUUCGAUUAUAUUUAAACAAUAUGCAUAAUAUAUUGAUAUAUAUAGACUUCUCGGUAACUUCACAGGACCCCUGGAAUAUACAGGUGCAAUCUUAGGGUUCCGCGGAACAGUAGUUGAAAAUCGCUGGUGUAAAAAAGUACUCGUGGAAACGUAAAAAUUGUUUCAUUUAACCCACCACUGACUUCCAACAACUUUGACCCCAACUGAUGAAAAUGCAGGUGCAUAGCUACCGGAGUGUAUAGAAUAACCCAAUUUGCUACAAAAUGGCAGCUUUCCCCGAAUUCAACAAGGAGUUACUUCACGGAAACAAUGAAAACACAACGUCAAUGGAAUUAACGUGUAUUGCCGAAAGAAAUUGGUUUAUGGUGGCGUUUUUGCCUCUAAAUUCAAUAGGAAUAAUCAUCAAUCUGAUUGUCUUAUUAGCUUCGAUGUUGGAUAGAGAAAAGCUACAGCGACAGAAUUACAUGUUUGCCAGUGUAAACAGUGCACUUUUAAGUCACGUUGUUUACCUGGCUUUAAAUAUAUGGGGGGCAGCCGCAAAUGUGAUGGCCCAGGAUGCACCAAACGUUUUAGGGAUUCCAAAAGUAAUGUGGACAGUGUGUGAGGCAGGAGUUGCAUCCAUUGGAUUCGGCGUUGUCGCAAACGCUUCUUCUCUGGUUUAUGUCACAAUUGAUAGCACUUUCGUUGCACCAAGAUUUGUUGUUGAUACAAAAGCUCAAUUGAAAGACGAUAAAAAGUCAAAAUUACCGAAGAAACGAGGAAUCUCAAUCAUUCUUAUGGCUGUAUCUUGGAUAGUUCCAAUAAUCUUCAUAACCGCAGCUACUCUGAAAUGGAAUUGCUCCCAAGACUGCUGGUGUCCAUCAAGCAGUUUUGUCGGAGAAGUCUGUCCUCAUGAUUUCAGAUGCUCGAGAUUUUUGACACCCAUGACCUCUUCAUUUCUUCUAGUGAACAUUGGGCUUUGGACGGUACAGAUUAUAUUGUUGAUCGGUAUGAUAGUGAAGAAGUAUAUCGCUUUCAAAAACUCAACAAAACGUGUAACCGAUCAUGGAAUGCCAGCAAACGACGCCACCACGACAGAGCAAGAUCCCGAAAAGAACAAUCGAGAGAUUGGGUUAACGAGAGAAACGACAUCUCUGCGUGCAAGUCCCGCGUGGUCGAACCCGAGAUUUCGAUUCGCUAUUAUAAUCACUUCUUUCCUUACGGCCGCUUUUGUUCCAACUGCUUUGUCAAUCUUAGUGGAUGCAUUCAAGGCAGACGCAAAUCUGGCUCCGGCAAAAAUAAUCUCCGGCAUCUGUUUGUAUUUAUACAUGGUCAUGUGCCCGUUUCUAAUACUGAAGUAUUUUCCAAGUUUAAGGGCAUCUCUUUCCCAAUUGUUGCAUAAGGUGUUUUUUUGCUUUCGGUGAGUUCAGUGUGGGUAUGUCGUCGAAUUUCAUAAUAAGUGUUAUGAUAUUAGAUGUGUUAUUACUGCGAUGCGUUACCUGCGAGCGUGAAUGCAUCUGAAUACUUUCGGAAGGCCUCUAAUAUUAUUCUUUCAAUCAGAAUUUAUGUUAAGCUGACACAAGAGUUUCAUGUGAAAUGGAUUCACAGCAAAAACCAGGACAAGGCUUUUCUAUUUUCAAGUAUUCGUUCAUUUACACAAUGAAAUACAAGUUCGUGUGAAGAUAUAAGCAUUCGUGCCGAUUUGACAACUUACUUUCCCGCGGGGGCGACUCGGAAGACAAACUGCAUAGUAUAGAAUAGACAAAAUUUUUGGAGUUGGAACCCACUAUUUAUUACCACAGCUUAUGGCGACCCAUUUAACUUUAAAAACAAUGGAUGUCGGUUUUUAUUUAAUGUUUACUUAAAAAUCUCGUGAUUUUCUACAAUGUAAUUUUAUUUUUGAUAAA